GCAGUUGAGGGUUCCCGAAAACUUGGAAGGCAGAACACGAGCCAGGUUCUGAGGGCUGAUCACCCGAGGACCCCCUCCCGCUCACCGAAUCUACCGAAUCUUUUGCAGAGCAUAACGAAUAACGAAUAUGCUGUUGUCCCUUGUAUAUCUGAUAAAUCUUGUAACCAUGGAGAAACUGAGUAAUGCAAACACCCAGUUUGCUCUUGAGCUGUUUAGAAAGUUGAAUGAAACCAACCCAACAGGAAAUAUCUUCUUCUCUCCACUCAGUAUUUCUGCUGCCGUGGCCAUGGUCGUCUUAGGGGCAAGAGGUAACACAGAGACACAGCUGUUGAAGACCCUUCAUUUUGAUGUUGUGGAAGAGCUUCAUUCAAGAUUUCAGACCCUGACCUCUGACAUAAACAGAAGUGGAGCUCCCUAUCUGUUGAAGCUUGCCAAUCGGCUUUAUGGAGAGAAGACCUACAGUUUUUUAGAGGACUUCUUGACAAAGACUCAGAAAUUAUAUCGAGCUGAUUUGGCUACAGUUGAUUUUCUGCAUGCUUCAGAUGAAGCAAGGAAACAAAUUAACCAAUGGGUAGGGGAGCAAACUGAAGGUAAAAUCCCCAAACUGUUGUCUGAGAGCUCAGUGAAUAGUAUGACCAAACUAGUGUUGGUGAAUGCUAUUUAUUUCAAGGGAAGUUGGGCUGAGAAAUUUAAGGAAACAAACACGAAAGAAAUGCAAUUUCGAUUAAAUAAGAAAGAAAAAAAGCCUGUGCAAAUGAUGUAUCAGAAAGAAAAAUUCCCUUUUGGGUAUAUCUCAGAGCUGAAAUGCCGCAUGUUAGAGCUUCCUUAUGAUGGAAAAGAUCUUAGCAUGAUCAUCUUGUUACCCGAUGACAUUAAUGAUGACUCCACUGGGCUCCAGAAGCUAGAGAAGCAGCUCACCUUAGAAAAGCUUCAGGAAUGGACACAACCACAAAAUAUGCACCCCAUUGAUACUCAUGUGCAUCUGCCUAAAUUUAAGCUGGAAGACAGCUAUGACCUUAAAUCAGCGUUAACUGGUCUUGGCCUCCAGGAUAUAUUUGACUGUGGCAAGGCUGACUUGUCUGGAAUGUCAGGUGCACGAAACCUCUUUCUCUCCCAAAUUGUACACAAGUCUUUCAUAGACGUGAAUGAAGAAGGUACAGAAGCUGCAGCUGCCACUGCUGCCAUUGCUAAUUUCUGCAUGCUUAUGGAAGAGGAUUUUAAUGCUGACCACCCUUUCCUUUUCUUCAUUCGUCACAAACCAACACAAAGCAUACUCUUCUUUGGCAGAUAUGCUUCUCCAUAAAAGAGAAGACAGAGCUAUAGUUGAGAACCUGAUCCAGUUUCCUCUUCAUCCAGUCAGAACUUAUAAUUUAAAUUCUUACUAAUUUUCACUUAAAUUCUUCAUUUCACAAUAGAAUUACUCAGAUACCUUAGAUCCCUCCUGUGAUCCUUUGCCAAGUUCCUUAGCAUUGAUGUCUAUCUGUGCCUUAUGCAGUGACAUAGUUGAACUGCUAAUAAAAGUGAACCAGAAUUGAAUGCAGUACUUUGAGGCAGUGACUUGGGUAAGGAAAUCGCCUAAAGUAUGAAUAUCCCUCUUGUGUGAAUUUUGCUGUAUUCUUGUGAAAUGGCAGAGCCUUGAUGUAAUGCCCGUCUGUUGACUUUGAUCCAGUAAUUCAAUGUGAUUGCUCAGCAGGGUAAGUUUGCAAGGCUUUCCCUCUCUUACAACUGCUUCAUUUACAGGCCUUUGAACAAAUCAGAAGGCACUGAACAGCCUGCCCCUUCUGCCCAACAUUCCUCCCCGGGGGCCACAGGAGAGCCCCUCCCCGCAUACACGUGCGCGCACACACACAGAGUCCAGGGCCUGACAACAUCUGUCGCCAGCCUUAUGUUAAUGUCCUAUUGUUGCUUCCUGUUGGUAUUAUUAGUCUGCACAAUUUCAUGUAUAUUCUGCACACUUAUUUCUAUGUGUCAACUGUAUAACCUCCUGUGUAUUCUGUGAGCCUAAUUCUUUAUUCCUUUGUGACUCUUACCACAAGUUUUCCUUGGGUAUACAAAUAAAUGGUUUUAUUUUUAAAAACA